AUGGCGGUUUUCGAUACGGUCUGUUCAUGGAGAUACGCGUCCGAUGCGGGGAAGGUCGGCGGAAACGACGGCGCUUCGACGGCCACCGAUCAAAUGAGUAGACGGGUGCUGGACGACAUCUCAGACGCAUGGCUAAUUCCGAACGCUGCGAAUAACUCGCCUCAAACGCACUCGAUGUACAAAUCAGUAAAAUGGUUCGCUGACCUUUGCUUGACCGGUUUCGCUCGAUUCCGACUGUUUCCCUCCGUGAGCGAGUCUAAGGAGGGUUACGAGGGCAGACGACGAGAAAGACUUAUCGAUCGACGUUUAGAGUGCUUCCUCAACGUGGAAAAAGCCGACGUCGGCGCAAAACGGGCCGUCAACGACCGCUUUGGCACUUUGCUGAUUUUAGUGGUUUCUCCAGCUGCCGAACGAUAA